AUCGCACUUAUAAAUGAUUAAUCAACCAUAGAUUUAGGAUGGUAAAUUAUGCCCACUGAUUUAAACAACCAAAUUAGAAGCACAAAAAGGCUCUCCUCCUACUCUCACUCUCUCACCCUCGUUUACAAACAUAAUACCAAUCCCAUAUUUGAUGUUUCCCUCCACACAAAUAAUUCACCUUCUUCCUCCACCACUACCUGUGACCUGUCACGGUUGGUUCAGGCGGCCGUCCCGCCGCUGCUCCACCGUGGCCCCCCGCCCCCAACAUCCAUCUCAAAAAUGGGUGAGCCCAAGACCAAUCAAUCCAUGAUUGUUCCAUUGCCAUUGCCGCCUCUCAAACCCACAUCACCACGCCCAACGCCGCUGUGGAAGAAACGGAGAGCCCUGUUGAAACAGCUAUCCUUGAGCGAGAGCCCCCAGAAUGUUGCCUGGGAGAGGAGGCGCCGUCUCAAUCUCAUAAAAGAAAAGAAGAAGAAGAAGAAAGAUGAAUCUGGCUCUGCAGCAACUGAUGAGUUGUCGGAAGAUCUCAAAGAGCUCAAAGGUUGCCUGGAGUUAGGGUUUGGGUUCAAUGAUGAUGAAGGCGGUCAACGGUUGACCAACACCCUACCCGCCCUUGAUAUUUACUUCGCCGUCAACAGGCUCGGCAGCCCUAACGGCGGUAACGUCUCACCGGGACCUAAACUUGACGUGAUAGGUUCACUGUCGUCAAAAUCAGGAACAUCGUCGUUCGGCAAUGAAGAUCCAUGGAAGAUUUGUAGCCCAGGAGAAGAUCCGCAGCAGGUCAAGGCAAAGUUGAGGCACUGGGCACAAGCGGUUGCUUGUUCCGUGAUACAGUCUUCUUGAAGAAGCAAAGAUGGGGGAGGGAUACAACCACACACUCGAAUCAAAUGAGAAUACAGAAUUUAGAGCUAUAGAUUCUCACUUGAGACAAGUUGAAUGGCGAGAUCCUGAUCAUCGACAUCAAAGUGUUGAUGAUUGUCUGAGUAAAUCUGGUGGAUCUCAGGGGAUCAAGUGAACUCAAUCAAAUUAUGUAAGAAUCACAGAGAUGCUGUAAACUAUGAAGCUAAUAUACGACCACAAUUUGUUUACAAAACUUAUGAAGCUCUAUAUACCAACGAAAAUUGAUGAAAAAUGAAUGCGACAGGCGAAUCAAAAUCCAGAACUAGACGCUAAUGAAAUAUGAUAUACUAUUAAUAAUAUGAAAUCGGAGAUUGAAUAGGUGUUUUUCAACCAAAAGUCAUGAAUCAAUCAAUAUAUUCAAAUUCAUCUUCCUUGAGGUGUGCGAAGAACUUCACAGGAGAGUCGCCGCGACCUUCAAGUUUCUCGAAGAACUCAAUCUUGUAAGGAAAAUUAGCCGAAAUGUGUUUCCCUUUCCAAACGGAGAUGUUAUCUUUGAUUUUGCCUUCCUUCCCAUUCAACUCUACUUCCGAUACUUUAGGUAUAUGAUAAACCUUCAACGGCACUUUAACCCUAACCCUAGCUCCGAUCUUCGCCUUAAUUCCUUCUUCUUCUUCAGAAGUGGACGCCGCCGUUGGAUUGUCAACGAUCGCCGUGGAGUCCGACGCCGCUGCUUUGAUCCGUAGACGCAGAUUCGAUCUUUUGUUGUUGGUGAUUCUACGAGUUAGAGAGCAAUCACAAGCGGGAGCACAUAAAAAGGGGGAAAUUACACGAUUAUUGGCGGUGGAUGGAGGUAAAUUGAUUGACGUUGCGGUGGAGAAUAUCGCCGGAGAUGUCAUUAUUAAUUUGCCGAUUGGGUUAUGGCACUUGUCAACUGCUAAAGGUUUUAGGGCAGAGGAUUUUAUUAUCCGUUAAGGUGAGGUCUCAGAUUUAUAUGGUUAUGGAAGAAAGAGGAAAGUUCGAAU